UAAAAGAAGGUUUCCCUUUUGUUUACAAUGUUUAUAAUUGGUAAGAUUACACAUUACAUAUAUAGAGUACACUGAUUCAGGGAUUUGGACAGCUUGCCAUAUCUCUGUGAUACGAUCCCAGAUUUAUAGGGAUUACUUUUGUGCUUCAUGAUACAAGUGCUGAAGUUGCUAAGUGUUGAUAUGCUAUUUGAAUUGCCCACUGCUCGGCCAGGAGGACUUCGUCCGUGCAGGUAUAAGUGGUGUUUUGUUCGGAAUAUCUCCUUCGGGUAAAUAUGGGGAGUCAAUUCCACGUGUCACCAGCGUGUGAUGCCACGCUAGAGUGCAAAAAUUGAGAUAAUAUAUAUACAUAUAUAUAUUGAUUGAUAUUAAUAUUUAUGAAAAUUAAAAAUUAAAAAUCAUAACAUUUUCUUCAAUUUUAUAUAUUGCUUGAUAGCCUACUAUUUGAUCCUAGCUCCGCCCGUGCUAAUAGGUUGUAUAUGGAAGAUGGGAUGGAGUUGCCGGCGAGGAGAGGACGAAGAGAGGCGCAUGUACAUUAUUAACAUUUGAAACAAACUUUUCUUGGAAGCUUCACAUAUAUAAUUGGGAGCUUGCUUCGUUUAUCUAUAAAAACGAAGCAUUUCCUCUCCGUUCAAUCCAAAGUCUCUCUCUUUUUCUACGCGUGGGGCGUCUGUUGUGUUCUAACUUUUCAUUUCAUAGAGGAAUGUUCGAAUCCUCUAAUAUUUAAUCUCUAAAUACAAGGAGAUAACAAAGAAAAGUAAAACAAUAUAAAGAUAAAAUCAAAGCAACCUCAUUAUAAAAAUAAUAACAAAAAACAAAUUAACAAAGAAAACAUUUCUACAACACAACGAUUAUUUAUUUAUUUUUUUCAUUUCUUUCUCUCAAGGCUUCCGCUCACUUUUCUUUUUGUAAUGAUUAUUAUAAUUUAUCAAACCCACAAUUUUUCUGUACCCAACUAUAAAUAUAUACUAAAUAUUUUCUUGCCAGUCUGCAUCAAAAUCUAUGAAUAAUUUUACGAUGUUAGAAAGGAGAAAAAGAAAAGCUUUGGUCACUUUAAUAGUGGUUUUUGGUUUGUUCCAACUUUGCUUUUCGGACCUUAACCGAGCAAGUUUUCCAAAGGAUUUUGUUUUUGGAACGGCUUCCUCUGCUUUUCAGUAUGAAGGAGCAGUGAAAGAAGAGGGAAGGGGCCUUUCUAUAUGGGACACUUUUUCACACACUCCUGGUAUGAUAAGUGAUCGUACUAAUGCUGAUGUUGCUGUGGAUCAGUACCACCGUUAUAAUGAAGAUAUACAAUACCUUAAGGAGAUGGGAAUGGAUGCUUAUAGAUUUUCGAUAAGCUGGUCUAGAAUUUUUCCAAAUGGAAGUGGGAAAAUCAAUCAACGAGGAGUUGAUCAUUACAAUAAUCUCAUAGAUUCCUUACUAGCCAAAGGAAUUGAGCCUUACGUGACCUUAUAUCACUGGGAUCUCCCUCAAGCAUUGGAGGACAAAUACAAUGGAUGGCUCGAUCGUCAAAUCAUCAAGGACUUUGCAGUAUAUGCUGAGACGUGCUUUGAGAAAUUUGGUGAGAAAGUGAAGCACUGGAUCACCUUCAACGAGCCUCAUAUAUUCUCCACACAAGGCUACGACUUAGGUUUGGAGGCACCUGGGCGGUGCACUUUCUGCAAGGCUGGAAGCUCAGCCACUGAGCCUUACAUAGUUGCUCAUAACCUUCUCUUGUCUCAUGCAACUGCUGCAAAUAUUUAUACCAAAAACUACAAGCCUAAACAAAAAGGCUCUAUUGGGAUAUCUCUUGACGUUACGUGGUAUGAACCAGCAUCAAACUCCACGGCAGAUGUUGAAGCCACUAAAAGAGCCCAAGAUUUUCAGCUUGGCUGGUUUCUUGACCCUUUGAUUUUUGGAGAUUAUCCAAAGUCAAUGAAAGAGAGAGUAAAAAAAAGGUUGCCAGUAUUUUCAAAAUUUGAGGCUUCACUAGUCAAAGGGUCCUUGGAUUUUGUGGGCAUUAACCAUUACACUACUUACUAUGCUUGGAACCGGACAGUUGCACUUAACGAUACCCUACAAGACUCGGGCGCCCUAACAAUUCCAUUUAGCAAUAUCAGCACGUGUGGUCGAAGGGCAAACUCUAUGUGGUUGUACAUAGUACCUGAAGGCAUGAAAAAAUUAAUGAAUUAUAUUAAACAAAAGUAUGGAAAUCCUCCGGUCAUUAUUACUGAAAAUGGAAUGGACGACCCAAAUGAUAAGACAAUCUCCAUUAAACAAGCUUUAAAGGAUGAUAAAAGGAUCAAGUACCAUAAUGACUAUUUGACUAAUUUGCUAGCUGCUAUCAAGAAUGAUGGAUGCAAUAUCAAAGGAUAUUUUGUAUGGUCUUUGUUGGAUAAUUGGGAGUGGUCUUCUGGGUACACAUCUAGGUUUGGCCUAUUUUUUGUUGAUUACGAAGACAAGCUCAAGAGAUAUCCGAAGAAAUCUGUCCAAUGGUUCACCUUGUUUUUAAAUUAAUUGAUAACACUAAAAUUUUACAAUGAAAUAAA